AUGGCUUGUCUCGUCGCCAUGUCCUCUAUCUACACCGAGGUCGCCGGCUUCUGGAGCGAGCUCGAGUCUGAAAUCCACGUCUUCCGAGUACGUUCUGCUCCUUUUGGUUCCAAUUCUCAAGUUUUUUCUUCAGCUCUCGACCGACGACAUGUGGCGCGACAUCAUGACCAUCGGAACCACUCAGAAGCGUAUCCGUCGUCAAUACGAAGAGUCGAACCCCUCUUCGCACCCUCAAGGAGACGGCUCUCCGUCCAUUCCUCCAGGAAGUCCUCCAGCCGUUCCUCCAGUCUUCAACCACCAUCCUACUCCAAACGGAGCUAACGGCGCGGGUCCCUACCUGCAACUGCAACGCCGACAACAGCUGCCCAGCUGGUCCACCAGGACCAAAGGGAUUGCCUGGAGCUGCUGGACACAACGGACUUCCAGGACUCGACGGAGUUCCAGGAAUCGGCGCUGACGACAUCGCUCCUCAACGCGAAGCUCAGGGCUGCUUCUACUGCCCGCAAGGACCUCCAGGACCACCAGGAGCUCUCGGCAGACCAGGACCACGAGGCCUUGUCGGACCAAAGGGACACGACGGAAACCCGGGACGUGACGGUCAACCAGGCCAUCCAGGAGAGCAAGGCCCACCAGGACCCAUCGGCAAGAUCGGAGAGCCAGGACCACCAGGAGAAAAAGGACGCGACGCUGAGCACCCCAUUGGACGUCCUGGACCAAAAGGACCUCGCGGAGAUCAAGGACCGCCAGGAGCUUCCGGACAGAACGGACUCAACGGACCACCAGGAGAGCCAGGACCAGUUGGACCUUCUGGACCAACCGGACGUCAAGGACCUCAGGGACCAGACGGAAUCCAGGGAGAAGAAGGAUCCGAUGGUCGACCAGGAAAGGACGCCGAGUACUGUGAGUUGUUUUCAUUUUGAAACCUUUAUUUGACUGACGCAUUUUCAGGCUCUUGCCCAGACCGCGCUCAAGCGGAGGCUGUCCACCACGGACCAGGAGGACGCGGAUACCGCAACUUCUAA